AUGACUAGGAAACGCAAAGGACAGGUAAAAUCUGCAGAAUCUGCUGAAGCCAAAAAUGAUGAAACAAAUUCAAAUGCAUCGACAAAUACAGAAAAUAGCGACAGUUUGUCAAUGAAUAAAUCUUCAAAUUCCGUUGAUGAAAAUCAGGAAAAUACAGAUGAUACAAAGACCAAAAAGACUCAUCGAGGUAGAAGAAAGCAGAAUAAGCAAGCAAAUGAUCCAAAAAUUGGUGUUGAUGGUAAAGAAGAUAUCGGUGGUGAAAAUCAAGAAGAAAAUCAAAAAUCAAUAAAUAAACAUUUGCAGUCCGAGCAUCCUAAUUCUAUGGGUAAAACAAAAUCUACUGACAUUAAACGUGCAACUGAAAAGUCGGGAAAAACAAAAAGAUCUGCUCAAAGAAAACCGACUAUAGCUGAUAGUUUGAAGGCAAACGCUUGCUCCAAAACAUCAUCAACCGGUAACAAAUUAUUGGAGCAAUAUUUCUUCCAAUGUUCAGAUGAAGAAUCUGAUGACGAUAUGGACGAAUUUAUAGAGUAUAAAUUGAGACCAAGAUCAGUAUUUUUAGCAAAUGCUUGUAAUGUGUGUAAAAUAGUUGAAUCCAAAACCACAAAACUGAAUCCUUGCAUGCAUUGUGGAAUGGUUAGUUAUUGUUCUGACGAUCACAGGAAACUAGAUGUAAAACACAAUGAAUUCUGCUCGGUUGUUUGUGAUGAACGAGAUAAUAAAGGUUUGGAACAUAUUUAUGCCAAAGCCAAAGGACUUACUAUGGGCGAAUUCAGACAUUUAAGAAUUCAUGAACUUACCAUUUGCCAAAAUUUGAUUGGCAGACAAUUGGACGCCAACGAAAGGGAAAUCUUGCUGUUUCCAAGAUUGUGCUUCGAUCCUCAAUGUAGAGAAUGGAAACAUGAUUUGUUAAUGAAUUGUCCAGAAUGUAAACAAGUCAGUUACUGCAAGAAAAAUCCUGAGCAUUUGCCAGUGGAGCAUAUGACAUGGUGUAAGCAAUUUAAAUUAUUCCAAGAAAUUAUGGCCAGAUUGCAAAGGCAAGAAAAUAUUGAUCCUGCAUUACCAGUAAAGAUAUACUUGACUCAAUUUUUCCUGCCUGAUGAUAUUAAGAUUUUCUUUAAGGAAAUUGGCAGUAAAGCCAAUGACGAAUGCGAUAUGGCGUUUUUAAGUCUCAUAGCAACGGGCCCAUUGACAGUGCUGUACUCGAUGCAAAAAAUCAAUAUGAAAAUUCAAUCCAACGUUUUUAGUAUUCAUAUAGUUGGAGCAGAACUUCAAUUCGAAGCAGAUACUUUGAAUAAAUGGGAGUGCUUUUUCCUUCAUUUGGUACCACAAAUUGAUGUACUCAAUAUUGUUUUUGUUGGACCGGAAUUGAAUGUUGAAAAUCUACCAGUAGAACUUCUGGGUAGAAUAAGGAUGUGUCCAAAUUGCGAAGUAACAAAUCGAAAGGUUGUUUUUCAAUUUCAGUGCAAGACACUGUAUCAUGAAUAUGCAAAAUCAGAUGCAUUUUCAAAACCUGAUAUGGUAUGUGCAUUUAAUCCUGGGCUGCACAGGAUUACAGGUUACGCUGGAAUGGACACUUGGCCUGAUACCAUUUCAGCAAUUAUGGAUUUAGAAGUUCCAUUUGUCAGUACUGCUUAUACAGAACUCGAAGCACCAUUAGAUCUGAAAAGAAUUCAGGAUUCUGUGAAAAGGACUGUCUUGUUUCCACCGCAACAAAACCCGUAUGCAUCACUUAAGCCUGACAGAAAUUUUAUAUCUGAAGAAAGUGUUCCUUUAAUAUUCAAAAACUUUUAUCUAACUAUAGUAAAUUGA